AUGACGAAGUCCGACUCAGACGUAGGAAUGAAGCUUACCUUGCAUGAUGGCGAUGACUCGACACAUGAACAACCUCUCCAUGAAAAGAGCAAAAUUCAUAUUGUCGACGCUAUAUCAUCGACCGAAUUCUCCAAGUCUUCCUAUAUGGCUUACAUUAUCUCGUCACCUGGCCAUGAAGCCAAACGCAGGUACUCAGAAUUCGAGGCUCUUAGAGAAGCCCUUGUCAAGCUCCAUCCAACACUCCUGAUCCCUCCUUUACCUUCGAAACAUACCAUCAUAGACUACGCAACGAAGCAAGGGCGUGCCAAGAACGACCCUGCGCUCAUUGCUCGUCGGAAGCGCAUGUUGGAACGCUUUCUCCAGCGUCUCGACGUGCAUCCCGUCUUGCGGAUCGACAUGGUGUUCCGCCGCUUCCUCGAAGCUCGCUAUACUUGGCACGAAAUUGCUCAUUCACCGCCUUUGACUUUGCUGCCUAGGAACAACCUGAAUGCGCCCCCACAAAAUCCCGCCGACCCCGACGCGCCGGCCUCGUAUGCAUAUCUGCCGACGCCGUCUGCGCCAUUGAAGCUUGCUGCACCCAACGCCCACUUCCAAGAAGCCGAGGCCUUUACCAAUCGCUUUCAGACACUCUUGUCGUCGACGCUUGAGCCUGCAAAUCGUCGACUCCUUCAUCGCUGGACUGACAUCGCCACGGACUAUGCCGACUUGGGCGCUUUGCUCAAUACACAGAGCCUCGCUGAAGCGAGUGGGCUUGCACAUGCCAUGGAACGAACGGGUCAGGCCGUUGAUGCUAUGUAUGUGUCGUUGUCAGAAAUGAUGCGCGAGUGGGAAGCUCGUGUAAGCGAACCUGUGAAUGAGUAUACCCAGUUUGCAGCCAUCUUGAACAAAUGUCUUUUGUGGCGGCAUCUCAAGCACCAGCAACUCGAGGUCGCCCAGGACUUGUUGGCGGACAAACAUCAACGCCUAGCAGAUCAUGAGCGGGAUGAAGCUCAAGCUGCACGCCUGAAUAUGGCCCUUGAGAACGGCGGCACAGGUCUCAUUUCUGGCGCGCGGGCGAAUCGGCAGAAAUCGAUUCAGCAGCAAUCUGUCUUUGCUCGUGCUGCCGAGUCCGAAGACGAUGACAACGACGAUCAGGCUGAGGAACAGCAUCACACCCAACAGGACGCUGAUGUUAGUCCAGAAACUCGCGAUCCUCAUCCUCAGCAGCCAGCGAAUCUCGACACAUCUCCUUGGACGACUGAGCUUGCAAAAAAUUCCCUCUCUUCUUCUCCUCCAAAGGCAACACCUGGCACGGGCAGCGCAGCCUCUUUGUUCACAGAAGGGCGGGAACGAAUGCCUGCGCCGUCGACACAACGCCACGGGUUAUUUGGUUCAUUCAAGAGCCGCUUUGCGAGCGUCAUGGACCUAGAUUCCGACAGAUCACGGCAAAAUUCCAUUUCUCGUCUUCGUGAAGAAGUCGUGCAUCUUCAGGAGGCUAUUGAACUAACUAAAAAGGACUUGGACUACGUGAACAGGACGAUCCAAGCUUCUCUAGACAGGUUCCAGCGCCUCAAAGUCCAGGAUCUAAAGCAACUCAUGCUCGACAUGGCUCGGAUGCAUCGAGCUUUCUGUAUCAAGAACCGUGAUGCUUGGCGCGCGGCACAGAACGAAGUCAAUCAUGUGGAUAAAUCUACAUGGGGAAACAUGCCAGAUGCCCAUUUAUCGGCCAAUGGCCGAGCUGCAUACACGUCACCAGCUAGUUCUUAA